CUGGAGACGAUCUACAACACGGCACGUCGCCCCCUUUGCCUCGCAACGCCAGGCUCACAGCCCAUCCCUAUGCUGUAGAGGUUUGCUCCUCUCACGCAGGCGGUGUACCCUGGAGAAGGAAGUGAUGCCUGUGUUUUCUUUUUUUAUUCUUUAUUGGAAGUUCUGACGUUUGCAAACUUGGCUGUACUGACACCACGUACAAGUGUGCCGGUCGAGUCGGUGUUUGGUGUUUGUCUCGGUCAAAUUUCCGUUCAGUUAACUUCAAAACACUAGCCCCACAGUGGGUCAGAUAUAUGUGUUAUGUGUUAUCUGGCCAGCGCCACGUGUUUCUAGGGUGUCAUAUAGGAGACGGGCGUACAAACAUUUCCAAAGUGUGCUAAUCAGUGAUACAACUUAGAUGCGGCUCGCUCGCUGCUAGCAGAGCAUAGCAUAGCAUUGCGAUACUGAUAGCCAUGAGUCUAGGAAAUGUGAUAGUGCGAGUUAGCGAGCUUGCGAAACGUAUGAUAAAAACAGCAUCCAGUAGCACUGUCCCAGCUGGUGCUCACUAACCUAAUGCAUCUGCACUGACAUGCUAGCUCGCCAGACUAGCCACCAGUGAAGAUAUGAGAUUACUCUUUCUCGCCUGUCUCAGUCCAAAAACUGGGAACUGCACUACAGCUGAGAGAAUAAGGUCUCACGUUGAAGCUGCAGGUCACACAUGCGAACUCAGAGAUGUGUCAGAAUUUCAGUCUGCUGCUGAGGUGGCAAACUUGGUGGCUCAAAAUCCACCGUUUGAGGGUGCACUGGCCAUACAUCUGUUUAAAGCAGGCAGCCUUCUCCUAGACAUCCAAGUGCCCUUUGGUGUUAUCUUUGGAGGAACAGACAUAAAUGAAGAUGUGAAAGUUGAGCAGAAGCGUGUGGUUAUGGAGCAGGUGCUGCAGAAAGCCAGGUUUGCCGUCGCAUUUACUGACAAAAUGAAAGAAGCGGCAGAGUUAUUUUUGCUGUCCCAGAGCUGUAAAAUCUAUGUCCAGCCCCAAGGAAUCAAGACUGAGGCGGCUGAGAAAUUCUGCUGGGCUGAAUUCUUGAAGAACUCAGGUGUAAGCAGGGAGGAUGUGGAUGAUCUGAACGUCUUCCUUCUAGUCUGUGGGUUGAGAAGAGUCAAGGACCCCCUAUAUCUGGUGGAGGCCUUUUCAGAGUGGCAUUGUGAGAAUCCCCAGAAUGUGUUGGUCAUUAUUGGUCCAAAGCUCUCUCACCACAGCAUCAACGAGGAGAAUUCAGGUCAGACAGUCAAGGAUGACACACUUCACGUCUCUGUACCUGGGCACUGUCAAAUAUCACAAUGUACAGCAACAUGGACAAGACAGUUUGUUGCCAUAAUAGACGACAAGAUUGAUCCUGUGCUCACAGUAGAAGUUGAGGCUGUUGCUAAAAGAACAGCAGGGGUCUUCCUGGCCCAGGAGAGGAGCCAACAGGAGCUUCAUGCCGCCUUGAAGAGGAGCUUCGCUGUGGUAAACAGCUCGGUCUCGGAGGGCAUGUCCGCCGCCAUCUUGGAGGCCAUGGAUGUUGGGGUGCCCGUGGUGGCCAGGGACAUUCCAGGGAAUGCAGCCGUGGUGCAGAAUGAGGUCACAGGCCUCCUGUACUCAACUCCUCAGGAAUUUGUGCGCCAGUCUCAGAGGCUGUUGUCAGAUCGUGAGCUGAGGGAGAGAGUGGUGAGGAAAGGAAAACUCUAUGUGGAGGAACAUCACAGCCUCAAACAGGAGAGAGAGACCUACCAGAGGCUAAUAGAGACUCUACACUGAUCAGAGUAAUGCCGCUCAACCCCACUCUGUUUACUCUCUUAGGAACUUUAGGGGCUGAGAACAGAGCAUUACAUCUGUUUACUUAUCAUGGGUAUAAAUAUCACAGGUGUCUUUAUGCCAAGUCUUUGAAUUAAAAUAGCGAGCUGUAGCCAUAUCUGAGCAGAACAAUCCACAACCCAGCCUUGUCUGAGCUGGCUGAUUUACAGUAAAUUAUGCUGCAGAGCACUUUAAACCAAAGAGUUAGAGAUGAUUGGGGUGUGAUAAUUGUGCCAUUCCUCUGUUUAUAUAUUUUAUGUAUUUCAAAAUUCAGGACAUAUUUUACUAUUAUUUAUCUUUUAACAUAAAUCCAAGAAAAAUAAGUUUUUGCUGUUUCUUUAUUCAAUAAAAGGGAUGAAUGAUGGAAAAUGCUGUUUAUGUGUUGCUUAUCUCCUCUGCUUAUCUUUAAAUGUGAUUUGAAAUUUUGUUUGUAUUCAAAGUUAUUAUGAAA